CGGCGGCCAGCGAUCGGACAGGACUCUGGCGAGUCGCGCGAUACCUGGCGCUUCGCGAAGGAAGACCUCGCGGUUAGGAAUUGCGUGUUGAGAAAAGAUUUCCCGGGUAGCGAUCGACGACGCCGGCGUGGUGACCGACGUGUCGCUUAAGAGAGAUUGUGAGAAGACGGCUUUCGUGUCGGGAAGUGUAUUUCUUUUCCUUCUCCUUUUUCUUCUGCGAAAAGUGCACAUCGGCUAGGGAUUGACGGAGAAGGACGACGACCGGAAUGGAGAGGAGGCAGCAGCGUCGUCGUCGUGACUCGACCAGCUUCCAAGGUUGAAGGCCCAGCACGAAUACACAGCCGUCACCGGAAAAUAUGGGCUCGGAAGCCUGGGAGCUGGAGAGGAGGUACUCGGUGCCGGGAGCUCUGGACACCAGGGGACUGGAGCCGCCGGCCAGCGAGGAUCUACACGCAUGGUCGAUUUACAGGCAAAAUCUGAACUCCGACUUUACGGACUCUGCACUCGGCUCCGCCGAGAAAUCGCCGCUGCCCUACGGAAACUUCCAGCUCCGCGACUCCACGGUGCAGAGCAUAUUGCGGCAUCCGCGAUACGGGCCCAAAAGCCCGCUCGCCAACAACUCCUACACGUAUUUGAAGUUUGGUCUACCGCGCGUUCUGCCACCCAGCUCGCGGAAUCGCGACGGUUCCAGCGGCUACGACUCCAGCGAGGAAGGACGACGCGUGUCGCACGCAGUUGCUCCGGUGCAUACGACUUCGAUUAUGCGUUCAGCCAGGAGCGAUCCGGACUUCAGGCAUGUUCAUGCUGUCCCGAGAGAGCACGUGCACUCUCAAUUGACCAUCGCGAGAGACCAUCCGAGACUGCGGAGUGCCAGCGAGGCCAAUCUUCUGCAGAGCGCAAUCAGGACAAAUCGACGACACAGUAUCGCACCGAUCGAUCCUGGAUACAUAGCACAUGGGCACGGUAUGAUGGGACCGGAAGGUUUCGCGCUGCCGCUAAGACCCGUGCCAUGCCUGCAGCACCCUCACUUGCAGCUGCGAGGAGUAGAGGCUUCAGGCUCGGACGGAUUGCCGCUUCUUCGCGGCAUCACCCUCGAGGCCGGCGCCGCCGAGGUGCUCGCCGUUAUGUCGACUACCGAGAGGGAAGGCACGCAGAUCGUCGAGACCAUUGCGGGCAGAAGGCGUAUAAAGAGAGGCGAUAUUCUGCUCAAUGGAAGAUCCGUAUCGGCGCGUACUCUGAGAUCACGCGUCGCUUACCUGCCAACGGAGAGUGGCCUGAGUCCCGGGCUUACGGCUCAGCAGACUCUCAGUUUCUACAUGCUGCUGAGAGGCGGCAAUAAUACCACCACGCUCGAGGCCGAGGCAAUCCUGCACGAGCUCGGUCUGGAGGCGACCAAGCACUGUCUGGUGAACACCCUGACGACGUCCGAGGCCCGACGAUUGGCGCUCGCCUGUCGAUUGCUUCAGGACUCGCAUAUUCUCGCCUUGGACAGACCCACGCACGGUCUGGACAUCUUCGACGCCUUCUUCUUGAUCGAGUAUCUGAGGCAGUGGGCCAGUCGCGGCCAGCGACUCGUCGUCUUGACCCUGCACCCGCCCACUUAUGAGAUCCUGACGAUGGUGUCGAGGGUCGCGCUCACCUCCGGCGGCCGGAUCAUGUACUCCGGGCCGAGGAGGGACAUGCUGCCAUAUUUCGCGCUCGCCGAGUUCCCCUGCCCACCGUUUAAGAAUCCAUCCGAUUAUUAUCUCGAUUUAGUGACGCUGGAUGAUUUAUCGGCGGAAGCAAUGCUGGAAUCCUCGCAGAGGAUAGAUCAUUUAGCGGAGCUGGCCAGGACAAGGCUACCUCCGCUCAGCGAUCCUGGACCGCCCGGUGCGCUUCCGCCCUCAAUGUCCGGUCCCAACAUAUGCGUGCAGAUCUACGCGUUGUUAUUGCGAACACUCAUUUACAGUCAACCAUGGACGUUGACGCGAUUGCUACGAAAGAUCAUUAUCUCCGCGUCGCUCAGUAUUUUACUCGGUGCAAUAUUCUGGGAUGUUGCCGGCGAUUCGAAUUUACAUCUGCGAGACAGAAUAGGCUAUCAUUACGCCAGUUUGGGCAUCUUCUUCUGGUCGCUGAGCCUUUUGGCGAUGUGCGAUGUCGCUAACAGCAGACCGAACGUCGAGAGGGACAUCAGAGACGGAUUGUACGGCAGAUUUGUCUAUAUUCUCAUAGACCUCAUCUGCAGCAUACCUUCCUGGUGCGUGAUCUAUCUGAUAUACCUAGCGCCGGCGUUCGCGAUGUCGGGGCUGCACCUCGUGCCGGACGAGAAUCUGACGUCACUGUGGAACUACCUCGCCGUCGGUCUGCUGUACCUGAUGCUGCAGCACCUCAUCUGCACGUUCUUCGCGCACAUAUGCAAAUGGGUAUACCUGGCGGCGCUGCUCGCCGGCGUGGUGGUGGGCGAGAUGACCUUGGCCGGCGGGGCCACCCUGCAUCUGAACAAUCUGCCGGCAUGGUAUCAGCAGAUCAGCCCGAUGCAGUGGUCAUUGUCGCUGCUGCUGCCGCGCCUUCACAGGACUGAGAGCAUGGGCAAACUGACGAAUUGCAAGCCCAAGCAGAUUCAACGGCAGGACAUCAUUAUCCAGGCGGCGUGCGAGCCGCCGGACGGUGCGUUAGCUCUUCACGAAAUCGCUCUCGACAAAUUAAACGUGAGGGGAGAAUUGUGGCUGGGUGUCGGCGUGGGUGUCGCGGCCGCUCUGAUCGUCCUGAGUUUCCUAUGCGUGAAGUACGCCACUCCGAAGAGGCCCAGAAGCGCUCCGAACAAACCUUGAUAUUUUAUACGUUGGAAAAUCGUCGUGACAAAGUAGAAACCGAAACUGUGCAAUCUAAAUACUACGAAGUCAAUCUGUUUAUGUAUACGUGAGCUUUUACUCAAUCUCUGACUUAACGUGUAAGUGCAUUCCGAUAGAAUCUACUUAGCUGUUCAGAAUCGCGCUUGUCACACGUCUCGUCAUCGUCCACCUCGUUGCGAUUCUUUAAAGACGGAAUUCUUUAGGGACUCGCAGGGUAGACACAGGGAGUACAAAGCUUAACGAGACACUACCUUAUUAAAAGGUCUCGUAAUAGGCAUCCGCCGUUUAUAGACGAUGCUAAGUAAACGCUUAAUACUUCGUAUAUUGUCCUAACCGAUACGCAUUGUUGUAAUCGCAUGAAAUAAACAUUUUCAUGAAAAGAA